UAUAUUGCUAACGUGGCACCCCCACCUGCCCGUUUGGGCUCCUCAUCAUCUAUUCUCUCUCUCUCUCUCUCUCAUCUAUCAAACAAAGCAAAAUCAAAAUAAAAAACACACAAACACAUAACACAAAAAACAACGUACAAUCGACGAUACCACGACGCCACAACACUCUCUGUCUCUCUCUCUCUCUCUUACACCACAACGUGUCAGAUCUCUCUUUGUUUUUGUUUCUCUUUCUAAAAAGUGUUUCAAAAAAAAAAAAAAAACAAAGAAAACAGAGACAGAGAAAUGUCGGAAGCUAAAGACCCGGCGAUAAAGCUGUUCGGGAAAACGAUCCCGGUGCCGGAGGUUCAGGCAAACGGUUCGGGCGAAUGUUCCGGAGCUCCAUCUUCGUGUUCGGGUCCUCUGGUGGAUGAUAAUAUCGAUCAAGACCGUGCUUCUUCGAGUAACUCUUCGGCUGAGAAGGAUACAAUGGGAGAAAAACCAACUGCAAAUAAAAAGGAAGAUGGAGGCCUACCUGUGUCUUCAGAAGAGUCGACAAAUCCAGAUGGAGCCUCAGGAAUAAGUGAGAACCCUCAAACACCCUCGGUUGAGAAGGAGAGUGCUACAUUAAAAGCCUCAAAGACUGAAGAAGAUCAGAGUGAAUCUAGUAAUUCACAGGAAAAAACCCUAAAGAAACCAGACAAGAUACUGCCAUGCCCCCGCUGUAAUAGCAUGGAUACCAAGUUCUGUUACUACAACAAUUACAAUGUCAACCAACCCCGGCAUUUCUGCAAGAACUGCCAGAGAUACUGGACAGCUGGUGGGACCAUGAGGAAUGUGCCUGUGGGUGCUGGUCGACGCAAAAACAAGAAUUCUGCUUCUCACUACCGUCACAUAACUGUCUCUGAAGCUCUCCAGAAUGCUCGAGCUGAUCUUCCAAAUGGAGUCCACCAUCCUUCUUUGAAAUCUAACGGCACUGUCCUUACAUUUGGCUCAGACACACCCCUCUGUGAAUCAAUGGCUUCUGUGUUGAACCUUGCUGAUAAAUCAAUGAGGAACUGCACACCAAAUGGAAUUCAUAAACCUGAGGAACUAAGGAUUCCAGUUCCUUAUGGAGGUGGAGAAAAUGGGGAUGAUCGUUCAAAUGGAGCUUCAGUUGCAAGUUCGAAUCCAAAGAAUGAGCCUGGCAAAAUUGGGUCACAAGAGCAAGUGAUGCGGAAUUGUCAGGGUUUCGCACCUCAAAUACCAUGCUUUCCUGGGGCUCCUUGGCCUUAUCCAUGGCAUUCAGCUCAGUGGAGCUCCCCUGUACCACCACCUGCUUUCUGCCCUCCAGGCUUUCCGAUGCCCUUCUACCCUGCUGCAGCUUAUUGGGGUUGUACUGUACCAGGCACUUGGAGCAUCCCUUGGCUUCCCCAGCCAACAUCUCCAAACCAUACAGCCCUGAGCUCUGGUCCCAACUCUCCAACCUUGGGAAAACACUCAAGAGAUGAAAACAUUCUCAAGUCAAGCAACUCUGGGGAUGAGGAACCACUAAAAGAAAACAAUGCUGAGAGAUGCCUUUGGAUUCCAAAGACUUUGAGGAUUGAUGACCCAGGUGAAGCUGCAAGAAGUUCUAUAUGGGCAACAUUGGGGAUAAAGAAUGACAAGGCUGACACAAUUAGUGGGGGAGGACUCUUUAAGGCAUUCCAAUCAAAGACUGAUGAAAAGAAUCAUGUAGCCGAAACCUCUCCGGUCUUGCAAGCCAAUCCAGCAGCAUUGUCUAGGUCACUCAACUUCCAUGAGAGCUCAUAAAUAGGUAGCUUAUAUUUUGUAAUCAGUUUACAGUGUUACAAGCAGACUUGGCAGUUUUCAACUGGUCCAUUCAAAUUGCCAUCAAUGGUGUAUGCCAUGGUAUCAUUUUGAGUUUGCCAGCCUCAUUUCUAAAAGUAUGAAACCAGUCCAACUGAGGCAGAGCGGAGGAGGAUUAUCCCGGCAUCUCCAUUUUAGGAGAAGAUACCCAGUUUAGCCAAAGUAGGAACUGAUAUCAUGUGCUAGUAUGAACAGGUGCUUUUUGCUUUAUGUUAGAUGGUUUGCUGAGUUCGUGUACAUAUUUCUAUAUCAAAUAGUGAGCGCAAGAACAAGGUGUGUACCAAAAAUCCCAGAUGUACAUAAAUAAAUUUGGGAAUUGAAUUCAAAUGGAACUUCUUGUCCUUCUAUACAUUUAGAGAUUUCCA